AUGGCCGAUCAAUGGGAAGCAGUGUUCAGACAGCUGGCUGAGGGUACUCAUGCCAUCACAGAAAUCAUCCUGAACACCAUCGAGGGCGAUGAUCUUGAGGCUGGCUACAAGGAAAUCGAGCAAAAGCGAGACGAGGUUCUCAAAGCUGCCGAGGGUGCCCCCUCCGACAUUCCCGACUUCUACGACGACGGUGCCCAGCUCGAGCUGAGCAAUGCCGCCAACAUUCUAGUGACUGCCUCCGACAAGCUGUUGACUGCUCUUGAAGAGAAGCAGGACGUGUGGAAAUCGAAGAAGGAUCUCGGCAAGAUUGUCAAAGAGGUGGUGCACACCAACAACGAUGUGCUACAAAAGCCUUAUCCUGCCGCGAAUCCAAACGCCCCUAAGAUCACCGGCCAGACCAAGAAGACGGAGGCCGAUUCGAACAGACUGGCCAAGCAGCACGCAAAGGCCGAGGCUAAGUCGGAAUAG